UAUUAUAAUAAAAGCGAGGGAGCAGUUUCCCGCACGAAAACAAACCAGCUGGCAGCACGCACCUUUUCUGUUCUCUGUUCUACUUCCAUCGCGCACGCGAUCGCAGUGGAGAUAUUCUAGGGUUUUCUUUCCUCUCGGGUCCGACAGUGUUAGGAGGGAGAGAGAGAUGAGAAGGCACGGGCAUCGGAUCCCACUGGAGGUGAUGGGAUCUAUGAUAGAGGUGGCAAACGUGGCGUGGAACGCCCUCGAGCAUCGCCAGGAGCGGAAAAUCGUCAACGCGGAGGAAGAGGAGAUUGCUCGCCUUCACUCUGAGAAUCACCGCCUCAAGGCUCUUCUCGCUGAGAAUGCCCCCCUUCUUCAUGAAAUUUCGCAAGUUCCUUCUCUCGUCAACGAAUGCCCUUCCGAUUUAUAUUCACGACUUUUAGCUCUAGUGGAAUCUCCAAACUUCUUGGAAACACUUGAAUCGCUUAAUAAAAAGCUUGCUACUGGAUCAAAUGCGACCUUGUCAAAUUCCAAAUAUCCAGAUCAGAAUGCACUAGAUGUGUUGAUUCAUACUGAGGAAGAGGAUUCUAGUUGCUGGUUCUUCGUUACACAUGAUAUGGUCCCAUGCAAUUUGGAGGAAGUAAGUGGAAUUGACAAUGAAAAUUAUGUUAUCAUAACUGAGGAGAAUGUGGUGGAUGGCAUCGCUAAUUUCAUGGCUAGAUGCAUACUUGAAAAUCCAAGAUCUAAGAGGAUAUCACCACAGGAGCUACAAAAAGCUGUCGGUAAAGCUUUGGGAGACAUCAAAGGCAGGAAUAAAUUGAAGAGCUUGUGGGAUGCUGGAAUAGUUAUCUACACCUUGUCAACUUGGGGCAUAUUUCUAACAGGGUUAUAUAGACAUAGGGCUAUUGUUAAAUGUGCAGCCAAGGCUGCUCAUGCCUCCACCAAGUUAGUCAUGAAAGCUCUCUGAACUUGUAAAAUUUCCUUCAGAUUUAGCAAAACUUGUAUAUACAUAUAUUGUUAUUUGAAUAUCAGUUUUUUAAACUAUUUUACACUUUCUUUUAAUAUAAUCAUUUAUGAUAAAA